AUGAAAAGGCUGAGUGUGUCCAGGACAGUCAGACACACUACCCCGAGUACGCUGCAGAACAGACACACUACCCCGAGUACCCUGCAGAACAGACACACUACCCCGAGUACCCUGCAGAACAGACACACUACCCUGAGUACCCUGCAGAACAGACACACUACCCCGAGUAGACCUGCAGAACAGACACACUACCCCGAGUACCCUGCAGAACAGACACACUACCCCGAGUACGCUGCAGAACAGACACACUACCCCGAGUACCCUGCAGAACAGACACACUACCCCGAGUACCCUGCAGAACAGACACACUACCCCGAGUACCCUGCAGAACAGACACACUACCCCGAGUACCCUGCAGAACAGACACACUACCCCGAGUACGCUGCAGAACAGACACACUACCCCGAGUACCCUGCAGAACAGACACACUACCCCGAGUACCCUGCAGAACAGACACACUACCCCGAGUACCCUGCAGAACAGACACACUACCCCGAGUACGCUGCAGAACAGACACACUACCCCGAGUACCCUGCAGAACAGACACACUACCCCGAGUACCCUGCAGAACAGACACACUACCCCGAGUACGCUGCAGAACAGACACACUACCCCGAGUACCCUGCAGAACAGACACACUACCCCGAGUACCCUGCAGAACAGACACACUACCCCGAGUACCCUGCAGAACAGACACACUACCCCGAGUACCCUGCAGAACAGACACACUACCCCGAGUACCCUGCAGAACAGACACACUACCCCGAGUACCCUGCAGAACAGACACACUACCCCGAGUACCCUGCAGAACAGACACACUACCCCGAGUACCCUGCAGAACAGACACACUACCCCGAGUACCCUGCAGAACAGACACACUACCCCGAGUACCCUGCAGAACAGACACACUACCCCGAGUACCCUGCAGAACAGACACACUACCCCGAGUACCCUGCAGAACAGACACACUACCCCGAGUACGCUGCAGAACAGACACACUACCCCGAGUACGCUGCAGAACAGACACACUACCCGGAGUACCCUGCAGAACAGACACACUACCCCGAGUACCCUGCAGAACAGACACACUACCCCGAGUACCCUGCAGAAAAGACACACAACCCCGAGUACCCUGCAGAACAGACACACUACCCCGAGUACCCUGCAGAACAGACACACUACCCCGAGUACCCUGCAGAACAGACACACUACCCCGAGUACCCUGCAGAACAGACACACUACCCCGAGUACCCUGCAGAACAGACACACUACCCCGAGUACGCUGCAGAACAGACACACUACCCCGAGUACCCUGCAGAACAGACACACUACCCCGAGUACCCUGCAGAACAGACACACUACCCCGAGUACCCUGCAGAACAGACACACUACCCCGAGUACCCUGCAGAACAGACACACUACCCCGAGUACCCUGCAGAACAGACACACUACCCCGAGUACCCUGCAGAACAGACACACUACCCCGAGUACCCUGCAGAACAGACACACUACCCCGAGUACCCUGCAGAACAGACACACUACCCCGAGUACCCUGCAGAACAGACACACUACCCCGAGUACCCUGCAGAACAGACACACUACCCCGAGUACCCUGCAGAACAGACACACUACCCCGAGUACCCUGCAGAACAGACACACUACCCCGAGUACCCUGCAGAACAGACACACUACCCCGAGUACCCUGCAGAACAGACACACUACCCCGAGUACCCUGCAGAACAGACACACUACCCCGAGUACCCUGCAGAACAGACACACUACCCCGAGUACCCUGCAGAACAGACACACUACCCCGAGUACCCUGCAGAACAGACACACUACCCCGAGUACGCUGCAGAACAGACACACUACCCGAAACAGACACACUACCCCGAGUACCCUGCAGAACAGACACACAACCCCGAGUACCCUGCAGAACAGACACACUACCCCGAGUACCCUGCAGAACAGACACACUACCCCGAGUACCCUGCAGAACAGACACACUACCCCGAGUACCCUGCAGAACAGACACACUACCCCGAGUACCCUGCAGAACAGACACACUACCCCGAGUACGCUGCAGAACAGACACACUACCCCGAGUACCCUGCAGAACAGACACACUACCCCGAGUACCCUGCAGAACAGACACACUACCCCGAGUACCCUGCAGAACAGACACACUACCCCGAGUACCCUGCAGAACAGACACACUACCCCGAGUACCCUGCAGAACAGACACACUACCCCGAGUACCCUGCAGAACAGACACACUACCCCGAGUACCCUGCAGAACAGACACACUACCCCGAGUACCCUGCAGAACAGACACACUACCCCGAGUACCCACAGCCAUCUGAUCUUGGAGACACAACCAGGCGUUUCCCCCCGCCGCCGCCGUCCUGCCCGGAGCCUCGCUGUCUGGUGCCCUGUCCUGCCCGGAGCCUCGCUGUCUGCUGCCCUGCCCUGCCCGGAGCCUCGCUGUCCGGUGCCCUGCCCGGAGCCUCGCUGUCUGGUGCCCUGUCCUGCCCGGAGCCUCGCUGUCUGCUGCCCUGCCCUGCCCGGAGCCUCGCUGUCCGGUGCCCUGCCCGGAGCCUCGCUGUCUGGUGCCCUGUCCUGCCCGGAGCCUCGCUGUCCGGUGCCCUGCCCUGCUCUGCGCCUCACUGUCCGGUGCCUCGCUGCCCGGAGCCUCGCUGUCUGGUGCCCUGUCCUGCCCGGAGCCUCGCUGUCCGGUGCCCUGCCCUGCCCGGUGCCUCGCUGUCCGGUGCCUCGCUGUCCGGUGCCUCGCUGCCCGGAGCCUCGCUGCCCGGAGCCUCGCUGUCCGGUGCCCUGCCCUGCCCGGAGCCUCCACGGUCAAUGCCAAAUGCAGAAAGAGACGGCUAUCCACCCCGACGGGACUAA